CACAACUUUCAUGCGCAUGCGUACGUCUUGUCACUGGGCGUGUUUUUGUCUGAACCAGGAAGUGUACUCGGAGCAGGAGCUGUUUGCCACACUUCUCACCCCUUUUAAAACGACAGCUCAUCAAUGGCGCUUGACUGGAUCGGAUUUGGCUAUGCUGCCGCCAUCUUCCUGGGAGGUUACAUGGGAUACAAGAGAAAAGGCAGCGUCAUGUCUCUGAUGGCCGGCCUGGUCUUUGGCGGCCUGUCUGCUUACGGCGCCUACAACAUCUCCAACAACCGCACUGACAUUAAAGUGUCGCUGUUUGCUGCCGGAGUCCUCUCGGUCGUCAUGGGGACAAGGUACAAGAAGUCAGGCAAACUGAUGCCAGCUGGAAUUAUGACUGUUCUAAGUUUGCUGAUGGUGUUCCGCCUGUUGUUCCUGAUGAUAGCGUGACCGGCUGACAAGUGUUCCAACAUCAUUCCUGCGAGCGUUUACACUUUUCCUACUGACCAAUAACACGUUUGUUCGUAUUGUUCCACAUGCUGUCCAAUAUUUUGGAUCAUGGUCCACUGUGAUGGACGUACUUAGAAAUCAAAUAAAGCAGAAGACAAAUAAUAAAAAAAAAAUGAUUAAAAUGGCGUGAUGUAAAGAAAAAAGCUGAAAUGUUGUUACAGUGAAAUACAAGUAUAAAAUAAAAAGAAGUUAAAGUACCAA